AUGAGCGGCACCAACACUGCGUUCCUCGAGGCGUGGCCCGACCACGUGACCCUGACCGUCUCGGCCGUCACCACGAACGCCCCGCACGCGCUCGACCUCGUGACAAUUCCAAUGAUCUGGCUUCAAACUCUCAGGUCGUCUCGCAAAUGGGAUCUUAUUCUCGAUGCCGCUACUGUGUGCGUUGAUCAACCAGGGUACUUGUGCGACGAUCGCCAUAUACCGGUCGACAUGGCCACGACGCCUCACAUUGGCGCGUACACGUUCGUCGCCCAUGACGAUAGUGAGCAGUAGCUCCUGCACGCCUUUGCGUAUUCCCCGUAUCAACACUGACCGAGAGCGACUUCAACUUCUGUGCGACCCAGACACAUCGCGUCCACUCUCGCUCGCUGUUGGGCCUCUCGCGAACCUCGAAGACGACCUUCCCGCAUUCCCCUGGUCUGAUGACGACGACAGCGAUAGCUCGAUGA